ACCCCCACGAUACGAAAGAAGGCGAUCUCGGUGACGGUGUCGUGCCGCUGAUCACUCGUCGAACGUCGAGUCUUUCAGUUUCUUUUGGACCGCCGCGCCGCGAGCGCGGGCAGCGGGAUACAAUUGACGGCACGAUGCGCGUGUGAAAGUUUCGCAUAUCCGUGCGCACGUCCUCUAUACGGAGACGAGAAGCAGAAGGAUGUGACAGAGAGAGAAUAAGUAAAAGGACAGAAAGGGUGCACGGUGUUAAUAUAAACAUUGGCGAACGUGCCGUGCUGAUGUGAAAGUGGUUGGCUACUACCUGGCCGUCUGGCUGCUGAUGAUGGAAUGUACAACGCAACGUGCACACUGAUCCACACGUCUCCUAGGAACCCACGUGGUCCGUCGACGACAAAAGCGCAGCUGAUGAUCGAGCAUGCAGCGAUGGUUCCAGCAGCUGGCCUUGGACGAGUUCACGUCCGAUCUCUGCGGUAGCGUCGGGUAGCGAAGUCCGAAUGCCAUCGAGUGCCGUCGGGGGAUGCGUCCGAAUGCUGGUGUAGCAAGACGAGCGGCGAUCCCGCGCGAUCCUGGAGACCCUGGAGUCAGGAGUCGAAUCGAUCCCGAAGGUGCAGAAGUCGAUAUCAGGCGUGUUUAUGCCGCGUCACCUACGAUCGAACCUACGUACGACAUCGAAUGGAUAAGAUCGGACUUGGCAGACAUAGAAAUUUCUAAAUUCGUGAACGGCAUCGCAGGCAGCAAGUCAACAGCGUCGCGCAAUAAUCCACGAAGAUGUUACAGAACGUCGAUGAGCUCCGGUUAUUCGAGCCAUUCGCCGCCGUUGUCAGCCGGCUCGUACUCUUAUUACGCGUCAGCGUCUACGAGAGAUCCAUCGUACGGUAGCCUGGCGGUGAUUCACGAGAGUGAAGCGAUACCGCGGCCCAUUUGGCCUUCCGUCAUCUAUCAUCAUACCGAGGAUCACAGUGCAGGCGGUUAUGAAGGUAUUUAUACAUGCCACGUAUGCGGCUGCACGUAUAAGUAUUCGCCACCGCAGCCGCAGCUGACAUCAUCACCAUCAAGAGCUCGUGAGGUGCUACUCGAAUUAUCCCGAACUCUCAAUUCUGUAAUAGACGGCAACGUCACGGCGGCACCGGAAGAUAUCUUGCGCGAUAUAUCGCGCAUUGUUACCUUAGAGAUCGGCACGAGGAAUGACAACGUGUACGAGUACAUUUGCCCAUCCUGGGCGUUCAGUGAUAAGAAUCCGGUAUCGCCGAGCUGCGUGAAGAACGUACCGUCGAAAGUGAAUCCAAUCAAUUCAAAACUUUGUGUCAGCCCUCGUUGCCUCUACGAGUACAACUCGACGCGAUUCGCGCCGUCGCUUAAGAACGACAGGGCGACGAGACGUGAAGGCGAUAGCGAUAUGAGAAACAACUCCAGCUUCGCGAGAAAGAAACCUUGCGCAACAGAGUCCAAGUAUUCGCAGCUAGUAUGCAGCGACGUCGGGUCGUCUAUAACCGAAGGAACAAUUGCUUCGUUGAGCGCGAACAACUGGAACCAUCGCUUAGCUGGAGGCUUGAGCGAGGAUUUUGAUUUCACGCUCGACGUGACGCAGGCCGAGCGUUUAGGCCGGACGAUUGCGAGAGCGAAACGGAAGCGGCAAUGGUGCAGAGCCCUGACCACUCUCUUCGGUCUAGUUUUCUUCGUGUUGAGCGUCGUCGUCGUCUCGUUGUCUGUAACGAGGGGUCGUAAGGUGUUUGGAAGCAUGUAAGAGUCAAAAGACAAGAGCUUAUGCGUGAUCUAAUUAAUAUUUAUUCGGCUUAUAAUGCUCUUCCUCGUGAAAUUAAAGGAACUGAUUAGUCGAAUUAACGUCUGGAACAUUUUAAACACUUCGAUAUAGUUCUUACCACAAAUAUUUUGCGAUACGAAUUCUCUCGUUCCAUUAUAUAAUAUACG